AGAAACAAUGAGUAUGUUUAGACAUGAUAAAAUUGAUGAAAUAGUAAGAGAACCAAUAGAUAGUGCUUGGUCAUUAAAAAUUCCUGAAUUCAAGCCAAAAGAUAAUUUACAUCGUUUAUUAGAAGAAAGUUCUUUUGCAACACUUUUUCCUAAAUAUAGAGAAAAAUAUUUAAAAGAAUGUUGGUCACUUGUACAGAAAGCAUUGAAUGAGUAUCAAAUCAAGGCAGAGUUAGAUCUUAUUGAAGGUAGUAUGACAGUAAAAACUACAAGAAAGACUUGGGAUCCUUAUAUUAUCAUUAAAGCUCGUGAUAUGAUAAAACUUUUAUCCCGUUCCGUACCAUUUGAACAGGCAGUUCGAGUGCUUCAGGAUGAAGUUAGUGCUGACAUUAUAAAAAUUUCUUCUUUUAUAAGAAAUAAAGAAAAAUUUAUCAAGAGACGACAAAGACUUAUUGGUCCUAAUGGUUGUACAUUAAAAUCUAUUGAAUUAUUAACGAAUUGUUAUGUAUUAGUGCAAGGUCAAACAGUAGCUGUACUAGGCCCUUACAAAGGUUUACAACAAGUACGUCGGAUUAUUGAAGAUACAAUGAAAAACAUUCAUCCAAUUUAUAAUAUCAAGGCAUUAAUGAUUAAAAGAGAAUUAGCUAAAGAUCCAAAACUAAAAAAUGAAAAUUGGCAACGAUUUUUACCCAAAUUUAAUAGUAAAAAUAUCAACCAACGUAAGCAACCUAAAAAUAAAAAUAUUCAAAAACUGUAUACGCCAUUUCCCCCACAACAAAAAGAAAGUAAACUUGAUAAGCAAUUGUCAUCUGGUGAAUACUUUCUCAAGGCAGAACAAAAACAAAUUAGAAAACAUAAGGAGCGAGAAGUUAAACAUCAAGAAGCUACUAAAAAACGUGAAGAACUUAGAGCCGAAGUAUUUAUACCUCCAGAAGAAAAUAAAAUACAAGUAAAAAGUAAAAAAAAUGAUAUUAAUAUGAUUGAUUUAAAAAAUAAAAUAAAAAAAGGACUUUUAAGAAAAGUAAAGAAAUAA